ACGGUACCAGCGGAGAAGAAGGAGAGGGGACUGAAAUGUAGAGCUGGCAUCUACUUUCCCACCGUUUAAAGGACGCUUUUAUAUACACAUAUACGUAUACAGGGCAUUCAUGAAGAGCCCCAAGUUAAUAACACUAUUAUUAUGUCGGAGGGAGCAGUCACAGCCCGGUGCUUGCUGUACACAGUUCGUCUAUUUAUUCAAGUCUGAAGCUGGAAUUCAGAUAGAAGACUUUCAAGUAGAUAGAUUAGCCUAUCUAAUCAAGUGUUUUUAUUAAUACGUCAGUUUGUUUUUGUCACCAGUUCGCAUUUUAUACGCUUUUUUUCCUUUUUGUGGAGAAAGAUUGUCAGGUUAAGCCACACGAAAGCAAUGUAUAAUACAGUCUGGACGUCGGAAAAAGCCGAUGAGGAAGGAGACUGGAGGGACGUGAUGAUGCCCUACUCCACAGAGCUGAUAUUUUAUCUGGAAAUGGACCAACCGCCAGCUCUUCCUCCAAAACCAGCAAAGCCACAGCAGCCCUCCUCAGUGGGGGGGGUUGGGGGCAGCACCAAUGGCACCAAGGAUGUAGGAGCAGGAGGCUCGCUGCAGGAAGCCGAGUGGUACUGGGGAGACAUAUCCAGGGAGGAAGUGAAUGAUAAGCUCAGAGACAUGCCUGAUGGGACUUUCCUGGUGCGGGACGCUUCCACAAAGAUGCAGGGAGAUUACACGCUCACACUGAGGAAGGGGGGCAACAACAAGCUGAUAAAGAUCUACCACCGGGACGGGAAAUACGGCUUCUCCGACCCGCUGACGUUCAGCUCAGUGGUGGAUCUCAUCAUUCACUACAGACACGAGUCCCUGGCUCAGUACAACACCAAGCUGGACGUCAAACUCAUGUACCCCAUCUCCCGGUUCCAGCAGGACCAGCUGGUAAAGGAGGAUAAUAUUGACGCUGUGGGGAAGAAGCUGCAGGAAUACCACAAUCAGUACCAAGAGAAGAGCAAAGAGUAUGACAGACUGUACGAAGAAUACACCAAGAUGUCACAGGAGAUCCAGAUGAAGCGAACGGCCAUCGAAGCCUUCAACGAGACCAUCAAGAUCUUCGAGGAGCAGUGCCAAACGCAGGAGCGCUACAGCAAGGACUACAUCGAGCGCUUCCGCCGCGAGGGCAACGACAAGGAGAUCGAGAGGAUCAUGAUGAACUACGAGAAGCUCAAGUCCCGGCUCGGGGAGAUCCACGACAGCAAGGUGCGGCUGGAGCAGGACCUGAAGACACAAGCCAUGGACAACCGGGAGACGGACAAGAAGAUGAACAGCCUGAAGCCCGACCUCAUACAGCUCCGCAAGAUCAGGGACCAGUAUCUUGUCUGGCUCAAUCACAAAGGAGUUCGUCAGAAACAAAUUAACGACUGGCUUGGAAUCAAGAACGAAAACACUGACGAAGGCUACUUUGUGACCGAGGAGGACGAGAACUUGCCUCACUACGAUGAGAAGAGCUGGUUCGUCGGGGACCUGAACAGGACUCAGUCAGAGGAUCUGCUCAUCGGGAAGCCGGACGGAGCCUUCCUCAUCCGGGAGAGCAGCAAAAAGGGCUGCUACGCCUGCUCUGUAAAUGUGGAAGGUGAGGUGAAGCACUGUGUCAUCUACAGCACGCCGCGGGGCUUCGGCUUUGCGGAGCCCUACAACCUGUACAGCAGCCUGAAGGACCUGGUGCUCCACUACCACCAGACCUCGCUGGUGCAGCACAACGACUCGCUCAACGUGCGCCUCGCAUACCCCGUCUACGCACAGAUGCCCUCCGGACGCAGAUGAACCCCACCCACCUGGCCACAACCCCCACAUAGACAAUAAACCAACCCCCUCCUGGGGAAGGGAGAACGGGGAGAGUGAGUGAAGGAAGGAACGAGGGAGGGGGAUUGGUUGAAAUACAAAGCAACCCCAACACCAGACCCCGUAAAGAUAGAAACAAAUUAAACACUUGCUGCAACACACACGUCAGCCACUUUGGAGUUAUAUAUUUUUACAAGAACUAUUUCGGAGGGCAUUCUUUCUAAAGACUGCUUGAUUUGCACAAGGAAGUUUUAACUGUUUGUGAAUGUGAAAAACAAAUAAAUAAGCGACUGAAGGAAGGAAAGAAGGAAGGAAACGGAGUAGGAGACUUCAGAGUUUCAGUUUGACCCCGCUGCUACCUACACUCCAGCUCAGACUUUUUACCUGAAACUACGCGAACGACGACAAAGGCGACAACAAAACAUUCCCAAAACCUCUUUUUAUUUUGUUUCUCCCAUUCUUUUUGUUUUAUUUUGCACCUCAGAUGAUUAUAUUGCAAUCUUUUUGCUUGUUUCUGGAGUCGUUUCCUUUUGUUUCUCAUAGCUUUGUUUGUGGUAAAUGCAAGAGGAGACGAUGUCAAGUGUCUGUCCUGUCCCUCUCCGUACGAAAAAAGCAAAUAUAAUGUAGCAUAACGAGACAACGGACACUUGGUUUUAUGAAGUGUUCCUCCAUGUAGACUGCUGCUGAAGGGUUUAGGGGGAGGGGAAGGGUGGGGCAUACGUGACAAAACAUAGUUUAGAAGUCUUAAAGAAGGACAAAAGGCUUGCUUUCAUACUAACUGUAGAGGGGUUCUUUUGUAUUAUUUCUGCUUUGCUGGAACAUAGUUGAUUUUUUCCGUUAUUUCUUGCCAAUGUGUAAAUGGCAAUGUCACAGAUCAGAACCAGAGACCAAAGUUGGUGUGGAGAGGGAGGGGGGAGGGCAAAGAGUCAGCUAGUGUGUGUUUCUUUAAGUUUUUUCUUUUCUUUUUGUGAAUGGUGAAAGGAAUGAAGAAAAGCAAACGAAUGGUGUGUUUGAGACCACACAUAAAAACCGAGUUUUGGGCCACGUGCUUGUGCACCAAAUAGCCUUUUUUUGGAAAACCAAAUGGUACGUAAACAGAGAAAGCCAUGACCUUCUGUAAAUACAGAUGGUCAAGAAUGAAGCUCUUAAACAAGUCCCAUGUGUGACCUCAGCAUUCUGGACCUGUUCGAAUAGUAUAGUUAUUUACUGCUUUUUGACUGUUUUUAAGCAAUUUACUGACAUUUUAUAGACUCAAAAGUCAAUAAUUAAUAGAGAAAAUAUGCGUAACUCAGUGUAAUAGUUUUUUCAAAUUCAUUAUUUUCUACCAACUCACGGCUUGAGUGCUGCGGUCACAAAUCUUACUACACUUAAACCAGAAAAUAAAAGGUUACAUAUGGUCCGUUUCACCAAAAUCAUCCUUUUGAAAGCAUGAAGGACCAGUGAACCUGAAACCAAUUUUAUGUGUGGUUUAAAAAGAGAGUGAAAGAGACUUACAUGAAUAUAUGCUAACGACUGUGGGUUUAAAAAACUGGGACUGUUUGUGUUUUUGUUAAAAACCUUCAGAAAUAAUAAGCUUUGAUAAAAAAACUUUGUCUGCAAGACAGAGAGCAGGUAGACGGAGGCGAUGUCUCGAGCUAAAGGCGCAGGCUUUAGAAGAAAAAAACUGAAAACUUGAAAGAACGUGCAAUCUAGCGUUGUGUUUAUGAAGUCCAGCAGAGCGGAACACUAGGGUCCGAGAGAUAAUCAAAGUGCACAGUGAAGCUUUUGGAGGGAAAUUCUGUCUGACUUCUCCGUUUCCUCUUUUUUUAAUUUUGUGAGAGUUUUGUUUUUUAAACUCAGAACCUAUUGCCGAUGCUUGACUUUAUAACCAGUGGAAGAAUUUUCUGUCAAAGACUAAAAAGCAUCACGCAAUAAAUAAAUAUCUUCAAAAACUGAAGAGAAAAACACAACCCAGUUGCAUUCUAUUUUUCCUUGAAAUUUGCUGUUACUGAUUGGCUGUUGGAACGAAAACAAUGCCCACCAAUUGGCUGUUUUUGUUUUGGAGAGGCAUCUUUUGAACCAGGGUCAGCGCUGGGUCCCCGGACAGUCUGAUAAUCUGCAGCUAUUCAUAGAACGAAAAGCUAGCGAGUAAGGGCGCUGAUACAUCGACCCCGUUUUCUUUUUUCACAGGAUAACGUUUUUGUUUGGGUCUAGCAAAGAAAUCUUACAAAAGACGCUGGUUACAAAGUCAGACAGAGCACCCUCCCCUCUGGUUGUUUGCAGUCUUUUUCACAGUAUGAUAAGCGGAGUGUAUGGACUACACACACAGGUGCGUCUGCAGGAAUGUAUCAGGUUGUAGGAAGAGGGCCAUUGUUUGAGUAUCUGCAGAAGAGUCAUUGUGAGUGAAUGAUACAACCUUGGUUGUACCCACCACAUGUUUAUCUACACCCCCGUCUCUAUGUCCUCCUCAACAGUAGUAACCCAUGACGGUAUCACCGUUAUCUACCCCCACACCCCCCCACACCCUUGAUAAUGUCUGCUCACAUUAGGUAGAUGAGUUGGGGGAGGUUUGUGGACCUGAAGGCCAUUGAUAGUCAGCGGUCUCUCCCGAUCUGGGUGUCCCUAAAGCCGGCAGGAUUAAUCCGAUUUGGCCUGUUCUCAGACUACUGUCCUGUCAUGUAGACCUACAAAAUAAUGCAAUGCCUUUUUAGAAAAUGUUGAACAUUUGGCGUAAAAAAUCAGUUAGUUUUAGUCCCCUAGGAUUACACAAGUAUUCCAGAGAAUUAUCUUGUGUUUUAAAGAAUGGUUAGCCAUUACAUUCCAUCACUACUUCCUCUAAUCCAUGCAUUAACAGAAGCACAAUUGGCAACAUCGGUUUGUCUUUUUAAAGAAACUGAAAUAUUUUGGCGAAAUUGAAGUUUAAAUAUGGAAAAUGGAGCAUUCCAAUUAUUUUGGUAUUAUCUUUCCAAAUGUUCCUUAUUUCCAUUACUAAAGAGACAGAUGUUGGAAUGGAAAUAACUUGCAAGUUCCUAAAAUAGAAAUGGAAAAACAAAGUUAUAUUAAAAUAAGCUUCACUUUGUGAAAGCAGUGUAAACAGGCUAGAACUGAAUUGAAGUAACUUUUGAUUUUGAGAACAGGCCAAAUUUGGUUUAAUUGAUGCCGGCCCCAGAGGCCCCGUUCUACCAUCCAAGUAGAAAGCUAAAGCAGGUUUGGAAGAACAAAGACGGUGUCAACACUGUUGGACAGUCGUAGCAUAAAGGAUGUUGGAGGCGUCGGCUGUGUCCCAUUUCAGUUGUAUCUGCCUCCGAAUUGGGACCCAGCCUCUUUUGGCGUGUUGUAUCUGUUGCUGUCGACCAGUGAUUGCGGGCUUUGUUCUUCCUGUUGGACUAAAGGGGGACAGCAAGGCGGGGAUUGUUGAUAUAAUCUUGAAUGUACAAACAGGAUCAGUCUGGGUCCAAAGCUUUUUUCUUUUUUUGCUUGGUAUUUUCGAAGCACCAGAAAUCAUGCUCACAAGAAGAUGAUCAUAACGCUAGAGGUGCUAUCGAAAGUGCAUGCCUGUUUGAUUUGGCAGACUUCUAACGUCUCCUUCACAACGUUUCUGGUCAUUUACCCUCAGGUUUUACAAGUUUACCGUAGAAACGACCACACAACAAAGCCAGCUAUUUAAAAAAAAAUCAAUAAACAAAUCAGGGUUUUUUCAGCAUUGAUACUUAAAUCACUCUGUCGAUUAAGCUAGUUCCCCACGACUUUGGUUUUUGUAGUGUCCGCACUUCAGGAGACUUGUCCCUCGUUGCUUACCUUAGCUUAGACACAGCAUCAUCACCAAAAAGGAUGUAAUCGUCUCUCCUUUCCCCCCCAUCACCACACAGUCUCAAGGUUUUUUUGUUAUUAACAGACUUUGUUUCGGGUUGAACACAAAACCCUAACUUUAUUACUUGAACUAUAUUGCAUUGCUCACUGUUGAAUGUCUUUAUAUGGAAAUAUACAUUUAUUAAAGAAAAAAAUAACGAAGAGUUCCCUUUUGUUUUAUGGUGAGCAGGGCCAAGGUUUUUAGAGUUUUAUGACAGAUGUACAGUAUUAGUUACAGGCAAACGUAGAGCUAAUUUAGGAGGGAAAGAGGCGCUUUUUUGAAACUUCUCAGAGAUAUGUUCGGAUCUUUUCCUUCACAGAGGGCUUGUCUGAAAUUGCACACCUUAUCAUCUACAAGAGACUUGUGUUAAUAUUUACCUGUGAUAUCUGCAUUUGCAUCAGGAGUCACAUUUACACGGAGAUGUCGUAUCCAUCAUAUAUGUAAAGCUUGAAAGAUAAUACAGUUUUAAGGGUCGUUUUGAGUUGUAGUUGCUGUUCUUUGACUGUUUUCUCCCCCCCCCCCCAAAAACAUUAAGACCAAAGAUUUCAGUUCCUGUUAAACCACUCAGUUGUCCAUCAUUGGAAAUGGAUGUUUCAGUGAAGUUUUUAUCUCCAUUGCCUUGAUAUUAUCACAACUCAGAAGAUACAACCAUGUUGUGUGAAUGAGUGUCCCGUACAGCUAGCUAGGAUUGUUGGUUGAUCUGUUCAUUUUGUGUUAAAAAGAGUUUAAACAGGUACUUUUUGUGACACGUCAGGAAGGAUCCAUCUUUAGAGUCCUUGAUGUCCCAAUGUAAAAAUCUAUCAGAUUGAUCUUGAUCUGCACUCUUCCGUUUAUGUGCCGUUGGUAUAAACAGACUUCUGUUAAGGAUUUAGAA